AUGCGCGUGUGGUGCGGGCGGGCGGUCAACAUGCGUGCGCUCUGGCUAGCCGCGGCGGUCGCUAUGGUUGCGCUAGCGGCGGCCGAACCGGCACCGCGGCACUACCCCGCAGAGUGGCGUAGCCGCGACAUCUCGCGGCCCCUCCACGACCUCUUCGAGCCAGAACCGGCCGCGACCGCCCUGCACAAGGAGCGACGCCGCGCGCGCAACAACAAGCGCGCCCACCUGCCCUCCGAGAUAGCGAGCCAGAUGAUGCUCAGGGCGUCCCGCUCGAGCCGCCCCUACGACGUGCCACAGAUCGGUGAGUGCCACUCCCUCUCACCAACAGCGGAUUCAGGAGGCAGCUUCGUGCAUUGCGCUUCACGCGUGAUUCGAAAAGUUGUCGGAAUUAGUUUCGAACGGGUGCAACGGGUUUUGCAUAAUAACAUAUGGUUGGAGCAUGCGUCGCCCCUACAUCGACAUUUAGUAUUCAAUGGCUCAUCUAAAUUCAGGCUGCAUGGAUUAUGUAGGUGUCGAACGCUUGACAACGAGCUGCGGAGGAUGUUACCAGUG